UCAGGAUGGCGUUCGGUCGCGGAGGCAGCGCCAUGUUGCAGGCCAUGUCCGGCAGGCCGAAAGUGAAGGUGAUCGAUCCCAGCAUCGUGCCUGCUGCUCGUAAGGGUCUAUCCUCACCAUGGGCAGAGUGCGACAGGAAAGGUCCCUUCACAACUGAGUACUCGGAGAACUUCUUUCUGCUCGUAAGAGACGACGACGAUGAGCCGUCCAAGAUUCAAAUCUCUCAACUCCUCAACCGACCGGCGAGCUCGCUCUCGAUGGAUUCGUUGUUGGUGGAGCCCAACAAGGAGGAAGACAUCGACGAGUCACCGUACGCUGCUGAGCCGGUGAGGGCAAUAAUCAAGGACGUACAUCCCACGGUACCCGAGGACCCAGUCGUUGCGGCGAUCAUUCAGUCAGCGGACCAGCAUCGGACUAAGAAAGAGAAACCCACACUGAAGAAUCGCAUCUCAGAGGUGACUGGUCACACCAAGAAGAUGGAAGAAAACCUCGGAAGGAAUGAGCAGAGGGGUUUCUUGCCUCAGAACGGAAGCUCUCGCCAUACGAAGCUGUCUGCCGGAAAGAUUAAGACAGGCAAGGUUGAAGUCAUGGAAGGAGACAUUGGAACCUGGGUGCCGUUUGCUGAGGGCAAGUGGUACGAGAGGAAAGACAAGAGGUUCUCAGAAGAAAUGAGGAGGUACAUGUCUGGAAUCCACCACAUCAGCAGUCACAGGCCAACAAACAUGCACGCGAGGUUUGAGACGACGACGCAAGGGAAAGCUGGACAGGACGUGAGGAAGUCUUCAGUGUCGAGGCGUGAGGAGAAGAAAGGCUCUAGAGCAGUGAGUGCGAGGGCGGCAGCUCGGCAGUCCCGACCGACCUCGGCUCCUCCCAGUCAUGGUUACAAGAAUGUCCACGACAAGAUCAAGAGGCUGGCGGAGAAAGAUGUGCAGACCUUGAUAGUCGGCGAAAUGGGCUCGGUGCAACGAGAGGACAAGGACGAUGGCAAGGUGGUGGUGGAGGAAGAGGAGGAGGAGAGGGUGAAGGAGAAGGAGCCCCUGAAUGGUGGUAGAGGCGCAGUGGAGCGAGCUAGAGUGAACAAGCAGACCGUCGCUUCGCUUCUGUCUCACAGCAAGAAGGAGGAAAACCAUGAGACGUCCAAGGCUCAGAAGGACAACAAACAGCCCAGCGAGAGUCCGGAGCAAGACUGGAUUCUUGUGUCCCACGACGAUGUUGAUGAGCGAGGAGGAGCAGGGGAGUCAGCAGGCGGAGAAGGAGAAAGAGCAGGAGGGAGCUGGCGGCCUUCGUCUCCUGCCGCCGCUGCGUGCAUGCUGAGAGGAGGCCCCCCUCCCGGUUACAGGUUGUUCGCUCCCGGCGUUACCGCGUGGAAGAAUCCGAAGAAUUAUUUCGGCCUUCCGCUCACCGCCUUGCAGGAAGUCCCGGAGUCCGACGAUCUCAUGGGGAGAGGCCGCAGUCUGCUCCUCUUCAUCGCACGUCUCAAGAUUUCCCGUUGA